AUGUCCACGAGCGCAGAUUAGACUAAUCUAGGGAAAAUUGCUAAGAUUCUCUCUAUUGAUAUUUCAGCCAAACCUCAUGUUCAAUUAGUAAAAAAGAAACCAUAGAUAAAAAUAACUUAGGAAAAUCUCACAGAUGAUGAAAAUGAAAAUUAAGUGGAAAGCAAAAUAUUCAAGAAAUUGGCAGAUAACAAUGUGAAAGGACAUUAUUUUGAAAGCAGUAAUCUUAAUUUCCUAUUUUAAAAAGAGGAAACUAAAGGGGAUGACAUAGAAAUAGAGAAUAAUAAUGAUUGGCAAAUUCUUGAUUAGGAUAAAUAAGGUAUUCAAAUGACGCUUGAAUAAACAUAGGAGUUAUUUGACACUAAAAAAUAAAAUUACAUAAUAGAAAGUGAUUGCUAGAUAGAGGAGUUAAAAUACGAAAUUGACUAAGAUGAUUAAUCAUUUUAGAUUAGUGAUGAAAAUAGCUUUAGUGAAACAAAUAUAAUGAAAAGUAUAAAGAAGAGUCGAUAUUUACCAGAUAUCUACGAAAAAAUAAGACCUAUAAUACGUAAAAAGAAUAAAUAAUGA